CACGGAGUUGAGGUGGUAGAAGGAUGGAAAACCGACUCGGUCUGAUGUUGCUCUGUCUGACUUUCAGAACCUCAGCCAACCAGUGUGGAUUCUACCAACAGCAGCAGAGUUACCAUCUGCUGUCGGAGUUCAACAACUUGAACAUGAUAAACCCUCAAUUCAUCAUCGAACUCACACCGAGAACAGAAUUCACCUGUGCUCGAGAAUGUUACUACAACAACAACUGCACCAUGUUCGACAUCAACAGCGACGACGGCCAAUGUCUCCUGUUCUCAGCGUUCUUUCCUUCUGUGAUAAGCAGUAGUACACUCCAUGGAGCCAAGCUGUAUGCGCGUGUCUCAGAUACAUGCCCCCUCGCCAACGGCUACGUUACGUUUGACAACCCGACUGCAUGCUACAGACUAUCUCUGGUCAGGAAGACGUGGAUGGAUGCUAAGGCUGAUUGUGAAGGAGAUGGAGGUCACCUGGUUGUUCUGGAAGACGUGGACAAGCAGCAGCAAGUGAUGGAAGCCACUGCCGCCAUCAGGGACUACUGCACAGUGACAAAAUGUAGUAGUCACUGUCGCUGUAAUGCUGCUUGUGUUGUCAUCAACUACAACACAGUCACCAGCGUGUGCCAACUCCACGACGCCAGCGUUCUCUACAGCAACGCCACCGUCGAGGAGAACGUCCCCGAAUGGAUCAUCCUGGAACCGCCGGACGGUGCCCCAAAGUUUGGCGAGUGGACGCUUGUAUUCCGAGCAACUGCUGGACUGAACCAAUCAGCCUUGGAAGAAUACACCAACUCAAGUCAUCGCGACGACCAGUACACCGUCGUCAACAACGUCCCCAAGGGCUGCUUGUCCCUCAACGGUUCUAUACCAUGUGACCGUCACUACAGAAGCAGAUACCUCGACACUUGGGAUCAGAGAGGCGUUUCACAGGUUUUGCUGGGUCUCUACAAAGACGGCGAGAUGAUUGUCAAUGUAACAUUCGAAUGUACCGGAUGCAACGUCAUUUCCUGGUUUGACCUUCUUCACGUGACAGCAUCCCCAUGGACCGAUCUCCUGGCACCAGAAACUCCCCACAACUACUUCAGUGUUCAGGGAGGCGGCUCUCGGCAUUUCAUAAUGAACGAAAAUUACGCUGGCUGUGAAAACGACCUGGGCUGGUUGGUGGUGAUAGACCAGCCUGGGGGUGAAGGUUGUCUAUGGGAGGCUAAUGCGACGAGCUUCCCGUACUUCAUGACAGCAGCUGGUGAAACAAGCACAAACUGGGACCACGGCAACCCAGCCGUUGCCGAUGUGAUGGCGAUCAUGGUGAAGGUGUAGACAUCAUUAUCAACAUCCUCUGUAACAAUGGAAUUUAGUGAUCAAGAAAUUUAACCAUAACCAAAUGCAAACCAUUGGCGUCUCGAUGCCAUUAUCAGUCAGUCUCUUGUCCAUGGCGACAUCGUAUCCUGGCGCACAACGAUAACACAACAUCAUCAGCAUAAGACAAGCUGUGUUGUCCAUCUCGAAACAUAUCAAAUAAAAUUCGGACCCAAACGACGACAAUGUUUUGUUCUAUUUAUGAGGCCUAAAUACACAGAACAACUUAAUUUGAUUUUUGAGGCCAUUUU